AUGCAACACACACCUUUCAUCACUACCCAUGGAACACCACCCGCCCACCGCAGCUAUCCCACCCACCUAUCGCACAACACCACCCACCCAUCCUUUUCUCACGCCCACGCACCACCCACCCAUCGCGCUCCACCACCUACUCACCCAUCGCACACACACACCACCCUCCCACAAAUCGCACACAACCUCCACCCAUCGCACACAACCACCAUCCAAACAACCCAUCCCACACCACCACCAUCCACCCAACCCAUCACACACCACCACCAUCCACCCAACCCAUCACACACCACCACCAUCCACCCAACCCAUCACACACCACCACCAUCCACCCAACCCAUCACACACCACCACCAUCCACCCAACCCAUCACACACCACCACCAUCCACCCAACCCAUCACACACCACCACCAUCCACCCAACCCAUCACACACCACCACCAUCCACCCAUCCAGACCAUCCACCCAUCCAGACCAUCCAUACCACCCACCCACAAUACAAAAGUCAAGACUAUCUCUUUUGAAGAUUUUGGCCCUGAAAAGGGCCGUUUAUUCAAAUUUGAUUAUAAGAAAACAUAG